AGGUGGCUAUUUUUAAUGCAGUAGCGUCAUCAGCUGGCUGAAGACUUAAACAUGAGAAUAGCAGGUGCUGCAAAGUUGGUAGUAGUCGUAGCAAUAUUUUUAUUGACAUUUUAUGUCAUAUCUCAAGUGUUUGAAAUAAAAAUGGAUGCAAACUUAGGACACAUAUUUGCUAGAUCAGCACUGGAUGCAGCUGCACGCUCUACAAAGCCUCCAAGAUACAAAUGUGGGAUCUCUAAAGCUUGUCCUGAAAAGCAUUUUGCAUUCAAAAUGGCAAGUGGAGCAGCAAAUGUAGUUGGACCUAAAAUUUGUGUAGAAGAUAAUGUUUUAAUGAGUGGAGUUAAAAAUAAUGUUGGCAGAGGAAUAAACGUGGCCUUGGUCAAUGGUAAAACAGGAGAACCAUUAGACACUAAAUUCUUUGACAUGUGGGGAGGAGAUGUGGCACCAUUUAUUGAAUUUCUGAAGUCCAUCCAGGAUGGAACGAUAGUGUUAAUGGGAACAUAUGAUGAUGGUGCAACCAAGCUUAAUGAGGAAGCAAGGAAGCUGAUCGCUGAAUUAGGAAGCACAUCUAUUACUAACCUUGGCUUUAGAGACAAUUGGGUCUUCUGUGGUGGAAAAGGAAUUAAGACUAAAAGUCCGUUUGAACAGCAUAUAAAGAACAACAAGGACACAAACAAGUAUGAAGGCUGGCCAGAAGUUGUGGAGAUGGAAGGCUGUAUCCCUCAGAAGCAAGACUAAAUGAAAACAAAAAGAAAGGAGAAAGAAUAUGGGAGAAAAAUGCACUUUCUGCUAUUAUUAGGGAGAGGGCUAUGAAGGAGACUGUACUGUAAAUAAUAUUUUCAAAGCAUGCAACCAUCUUGUCGGUGUGUGCAUGAGCACUGACAUUUUGAAUAUGGGAAUUAUUUAUUGCUAACACACCUAGAAAUUCUUUUUGUAAAUAUGUCCAAAAUAAAAGAAACAUCAAAUCAUUUCUAUGCAGGUUUCUUAAAAGCACAGUAUUUAGUUUGCCUGUGGUAAAUAAUAUCUUGUAGAUCAACUGGCUAAUAAAUUGCAUAUGUGGAUAAUAAAAAGAUCCUGACAAAUGUAGUACUGUCCUCUUAACAGCGUAAUGUUGCUGUGAGUAUGUAACCUUUGUGGAAUAUUGUAGAUUUUAGUGAUAAGUUAAUAAAGAGCUUUAAUUUUUUUUUAUCCUCUGCCUUUUUAAUGGCAGCAUCACUUUUUAUUAAAGCUGUUUGGUUAUUCUAA